AUGUUGCUGGAGGUGGCAGGCAAGAAACAUGAUAAGAUGAACAAAGCAUGGUCGAAGAGAGAAGAGCAACUUGACGAACUGGGCAUCAUCGACGAUGGGUAUGCAAUACCUCGUCCUGAUUCAGUUGUCCAACCCCUCGGAGAUGCGAUCCCAGGCCACCUCCAUAUGCUCCUGCGAGCUCUCUGUGCACAUGACGAUGACAACAAAGCCAUGAAAAAGCCUCGGGAACCUGUGACGUUGGAAGAAGCUGCAUUACUGCAGGCAGUACUUACCAAGCGAUUGUCCGAGUACAAAACGACAUAUGAGCACGAUCACACUCAACUGGAAAAAGUACAGCCGGAAUCGACAAGCCCGUCAAUCCCAGUCCGCUGCAAUGCACGCCGCUACGCCAUGGCGGUCCAAGUCAGAAUGGGCGAGAAAGAUAUUCUGCGGCAAUUGAUCAGCCUGUGUCAAGACCAUAUCAAGCUGAUGUCAGAAGAAUUGGCAGCAACCAAACGAAAACGCGGCGAAGUAACAAGCCGGAAUUUCAGUGCAAAGAAAUUCAAGGCCGAACGAAAAGAAUCGACAUGA